UGCUGGUCCCGCCCCUAUCAGACAUGCGGGCUUGAAGAAUAGAAGUUGCUACAGUGGAACUAACAAAGUGAUUUGUGUCUCUACAUUUCUGAGACCUUUUAAACUCGUCAAAUCCCGCAGCGCCGAAUAAAAGCUGCAACACUGUAAUGCUCGAGUUGUUUAGUUACAUUUUAAAGCGUUACUUCCAGUCAGACGCAACGUUGUAACUCAGUAGUUUGCCUCGAGACGUCCACAUUGAACAACUUGUUGGAUUGAAGCACAGUUUGGCGUGUUUGGGGUAACCAACCAGAGUCCCAAAAGAAACAAUGUCGGAUGGGGAUUUGUGAGCUUUUAAAAGGAAUGAGAGUGAACCAAAGAAGCACGCUUUGAGCAGUGCAGCGUUCGAGUGGCCAGUGCCAUGAAACUGAAUCCACAGCAAGCCCCAUUAUAUGGAGAGUGUCUGCUGACGGUCCAGCUCUGUGAGGAUGAGUGUGUUGAGGAUGAGGAUGAUGUGGAGUUUUACCUGCUCUUUGCUGGAUCCACACAGAGACAUGUGUCCAGCACACUGAAGAUCAGCCAUGUCACGCUGCAGGCCGUCUGUCCAGCUCAUGAUCGCAGUGAAACGGUACGGGUCACACUAUGCCAGGCUCGUCCCGGCGGCUCAGUGGACCCAGUGUCCGAGGAGUGUUUCCAGUUUGUCCAGGACCUGGCUCUGGACAUGGCCCAGUUCCUGGUAAAUGCGGCGGGGAAAACAGAAGGAGCGCUGCUGCUGGACGAGUGUCAGAUCCCACUGAAAGAGUGCGAGCGGCUGGACGAUACUCUUGCUCUGGCUCUCCGGCAUCUGCCUUUGCCUGCUGGAUGGAGCGUUUUGGGCACAGAUUUGGACACGGGCACUUGCACAGGCUCGGGCAUCGCAGAGCCUGGACCACACGAUACACUUUUGCACUUCGCUGCGAAGCGCGGACUACGCAAGGUUGCACUCUUUCUGCUCCAGCAACCAGGGGGAAGAGAGGCUCUCCGGCUUCCCAACAAACAGGGUCGCACACCGGCCAAGGUCGCCCAGAAGAGGGGACACUCUCAGCUCCACAAACUGCUCACGGAGGUUGACAAUCUGCCCGAGCUGGAGACGAAAACAUCUAAGUGGUGUUACCCAGAAGGCAGAGUCCUGCAACACCACCCCAAGCUAAACACUUACACCCUUACCCUGGAGGAUGUGCCCAGGAGCUCCCCACCAAGCCUUCAGUGUGAUGUGGAGGAGCUCCAGCGUCUCAUUCAGUCACAUCAGAAGGAAGAUCCUCCAACACCGCAUAAGUCAGCACUGCUGAUUCUCAAUAGAGACUCCAGUAAUAGCACAGAGACAGAUGACUGCCUUCCGCCCAACUCAGUGGAACCUGAGCAUCAGGAGCACAACAAACAAGAAGAAACUUGCAAAUCGCUUUUAAACAGCCUUACCUUUGAGGAUGGAUUGUGUGUUCAUCAAAACGGCACAGGAGAUCAUGUCCAGUUGCUGGAUGGGGACGUGGAGCCUGACCUGCCAGCUGUAGGAGAUACAGGGAAUGCAUUAGAUAAGACUGACUGUUUGCAGCGGCGGGUAGAUGGUGAUUCUGUGGCUUUCAGUGCCCCUUCCUGUGGAAACCAGCGGGAGGAAGCCGAUAUAGAGCUCUGCAUAAUCAGUGCCAAGCAGGGGGUUGCUUCACAGCCUGAUAAAGGGAAGCAAGAAGAGCAAGAGGCUUGCCAGAAGAGGUCAGAGACUGAAAAGGACUAUAACACUGAAUCUGGCAACCUUGGGCUUCAAGACAUGGGCCACGCACAAUCUCAGGGUCUCCUCCCCACGGAAACUGGUCAGCCUACACAAAGGGAGGUGGAGAGUGAGGGGAGUACAGAUGUCUGUUGGCGUGGGGACUUACCAGAGGAAAGGGAAGGGGACAUGAGUAGCAACCAGGAAAUAGACUCAUAUUCUUCAGCACUUUCUUCCCAUAAUCUAGAGGGAAACAGCCAGCACGAUGGUGAGACUGAGCCCCAGUUGCCUACACAAUGCUCAGAGGGAACAGAUGAAGCUAAAUUGACUUUAAUUCAGGUAAAUUCUGAAGUUACUUUGUCUAUACGAAGCGAGGAUACCGUUAUUUCUGACAGUGUUGACAAGCCACAUGGUCUCUUAGAGACGGAGACAGGAAAUCUCAGCGAACACACCAAAGGCAACACUGAGUCAGCUGCUGAUUUGGUUGCGGAUGACGCUAGUGUAAAGCAGAACUCUGGAUUUAGCGUUUUAGAGGGGGAUCUUUUGGAAUCAUUAAGUCUACGGCCAAACAUGGCACCGGGACCAGUGCAUAAGGUUCAGCAAGGUCUGUCACCAGUUCCUGAGACUUCCUCUCAUGUAGGUCCAGCUUUGGACCCCUUUUCUGAGACUACAGAAAGUUUUCAACAGCCGAAUCAAUCCACACAGCUUUUAGAAACUGCAUUAGAAUGUGAGGAUGUUUCAUUAAAUAACUCAACCGGUGACAUUAAUGCAAUAGCAGGGGUUUCUGUUGACAUUUCUGCAGAGGUUUCACUUUGCCAGAAUGAAGGGUGUCCUCCUGAUGGAAGCAAAGAAGAGGUAGCCCCCAGUGAGAGGAUACCAGACCUUAAAGAGCUUACGGAAGAGCCGGAAUCAGUUGAGGACAUUAUUGUCUCAGAUGUCUCAGAUUUGGAUGACAAAUCUCAACCUUUUGAAGAGUCUUCUUUGCCUAUCGACUCUGAAUGUUUUAUAAGAGGUGAUUUCCAAAACGAUGAGUCUACAGUACAGUCUUCUGAAUGUACUGGAGGUGACAUAAAUGUAGGAACACUCUUAGGAGAAGAAGAGGCAACUGAAAAAAUAGAACAGCCAGACUCUUCACUUAAACUGGUUGAGCUAAUUCCUGAGGAAUAUACUGGAGAUGCCACAAACGAAAAUAAAAAAAUUGAGCCAGAGGAACAAUCUAUUUUACUGCCAACUUUGCAAGGGGAAUCAGGAUUUAAGGAUGUUGCCACAGAGGAACCUGUACAGGAAAGGGAAAUUGACUCCACUUCAGAGGAAACAAUCAGCGAUCUCCCUGAUCCAUCGGAAAUCACAAACAAUGAUUGUGCUGAAUCCAAUGCACACUGCCAGCUCUCAGAAUCCUCCAAGGAGAGCGCAAACACAUCCUCAGAACCUGCUGAAUGUGUGAAUGACCUAGACUUGUCUUGUGCUUUACCUCAAACAGAAAUCGAAGGCAGCAGACCUUCUGAGGGCCCCUUAAUUGAUGGAGUAACAAUAUGUGCUGAAAUUCCCAUUGAUGACAAAGGUGUUGACAUGGCUACCAAUAUGAGUAAGACGACCAUCUCUGAGGAUUGUCUGUCCUCUCCUAUGGACACCACCAGCUGUUCAGUUCUGGAGAGCUCCUCCAUGUCUGACCCACUCAAUGCCUCAUCCUCAACAGCUGAGCUCACUUCCCCUUUGGAUAUUAAUAGUGGAUUGCAUCAGGAUUUGGAACACACUUCCCCAGUGGAUAUAGACAAUGGUUUGCCUGAGGAACCGCCGCCGUCAGACACACCUGAUUGCCUGAAUGGAUUACAUCAAGAUUCUCCUGAUAGUUUGAUGGAGCACAGUGGAACUCCUCAGCCAUGUUCUGAGGAACAGUGUGUGGAUCAAAUCACAGAUGACAGCACUUCAGCAGAGGAUGCAGCGGACGGACACCAAGACUCCUCAGUAGACAUAGCAAAUUCCGAAGCGAUCCACAGAGAGACCGAAACAUUUUAUUCAGUUGAUGCCAGUCAAGACUCUGUACUCCAGGAGAAGAAAUCUUCUUCAGUGAGCUCAGAAAUCCCCUCUUUGACCCCCUCACCUGAGAGCAUACGUCACAAAGAGUCGCCAAGCACUAUGCGAGGGUCCGCCAGCGAUGGAGACUCUCUGUUUAGUCAGGAUCUGGGCGAGGACAGCGUUUUUAAUAAUAAGGCUGAGGACAGCAUUACCAUCACCAGUGGCGUGUCCAUGUCCUAUUCGUCCUCCACAGAUGACUCUUCCAGCUUGGGAACCACUUGCGCCACCCCUCAGACUGGCACAGAGGCUCCUGCAUCAGACCCCUUUCAGGAACAGCCCACAUCUACUGGAGCUUCUGGGGAAACAGAGGAGGAAGAGAAAAAGGACCGUCUCACUGAGGUUCCGGAGCGAUCGGCCAUUUUACGGACCACCAUACGAUCACUGUCCCCUUUUCGAAGACACAGUUGGGGGCCGGGCAAAAAUUUGGCAGGGGAGACAGAGAUGAGUCAGCGCAGUGCGGCACAAGGUGAAGUGGAGCGCAGAUCUGUUGGUCAUAGGAGAAGCAUGAGCUGGUGUCCUUCUGUUGUCCUGCGCUCUGAAAAUGAUGAAAUGAAUGAAAGAAGUUACAGUCUGGAAGGACUUGCACCAGAGAAGGAGGGAAGGAAAAGUCUGGUUCAGCAGCGUGUCGGAGAGUCCAGCCAGGAGCCCAAAUGUCCAUCAAAGGUGGAAAAAGAAGACAGAGGCUCGCUUGUGUCUCUGACUGAAGAAGAGCAGGAGUCAGAUCUAGGCGACUGCAGCAGUUUGGGCAGUCAGAAGUCCAUCCAGUCGGGUCGGAGAUGUGUCCCACAUUCACAACCCAUCCUCACCAAAUCUGUGUCCAUGGUGGCCAUCAGUCAGAAGGACCUGGACGCAAUGGGACGGCUGCGACCCAAGCGACGAAUCUCCUUCUCCUUCAGCAUCUCGCCGAUGCUCCCCAAAUCUAAAACUCUCUUUUCUCUUGGCUCUUCAUCCAGUGAUGAGGAGGAGGCAGUCAGAUUGAGUUCAUUCACUGGAACAUCAGGAUCAUUAGAGUACAGUAUAUCAGAGGAGGAUCCUGGGCCAUUACGGAGUGACAGUGAAGGCAAAAUUGGAGGAACCAAAGUGAGCAGGACAUUCAGUUACCUCAAGAGCAAGAUGAGCAAGAAGAACAAGCAGGAGAAGGAGAAAGAGAAGAAUAAGGAGCGUGAGCGAGAUGCCAAAGACAAGGAGAGAAGAGCCUCAAACGGACAUCUCUUCACUACGGUCAUGACUGUACCCACAAUCCCCUGCCACCAGUGCAACAAACUCAUCAACACUAAAGACUCUAUCCUCUGCACCAAUUGCAAUGCACAAGUCCACAAAGGCUGCAAAGAGAGUCUUCCUGUCUGCGCUAAAGUCAAGAUGAAGCAGCAAAAACAGCAGCAGACUGUUACAGAUUCUGCCUCGACGCCUAGUGUCACCCUCAGAAGUAAAACUCUUCCAGCAAGGGAUCGUCCGUGGUCCACAAUAUCCAUUCCCGAUGACCAGCCGGCUCCCCUCGCUCCUCCUCGGAAAAGCCCCAGCAGCAUCAUGUCUUUCAACAGCAACCCACUGUCCAAGAGCAUGUCCAUUAAUAACAUAGCAGGACAAAUGGACGACACUCCUCUUAAGAAGUUUCUGUCCCAGUCAACGGACUCUCUUCACAAGACCAGUAAAGUCACGGAGUCUACAGAAUCUCUUACUGAUGAGGGUACAGAGAUGAUGGACAGCCAGCUGAUGGGAGAAUUUGAAGCUGACGCCAAAGAGCUGGAGGCUGAUUCUUAUAGCUUCACGGUAGACAAGAAAUUUCUUAAGCAGCUUAAAAAGGAUGUUAUCAAAAGGCAAGACGUCAUCUAUGAGCUCAUCCAGACAGAAAUGCACCAUGUAAGGACCUUAAAGAUCAUGGCUGAUGUUUACAGCAAAGGACUACUGAGAGAAGUUCAACUAGAAGCUCAGACGGUGGAGAAGAUGUUCCCCAUGUUGGACGAUGUUCUGGAUUUGCACACACAGUUCUUUUCACACCUGCUUGAAAGAAAGAAGGAAUCAGGGAGCCAAGAAGAGGGCGGCUUUGUCAUCCAAAGGAUUGGCGAUGUGCUGGUUUCUCAGUUCUCAGGUUCCAGUGCUGAGAGAAUGAAGAAGGUCUAUGGGAAGUUCUGCGGCAGGCACAAUGAAGCUGUGAACUUCUACAAGGAGCUUCACACCAAAGACAAACGCUUUCAAGCUUUCAUCAAGAAAAAGAUGAGCAGCCCUGUUGUCCGACGGCUAAGCAUUCCUGAGUGUAUAUUGUUAGUCACACAACGAAUCACAAAAUAUCCCGUGUUACUACAGAGAAUACUGCAGCACACGAAAGAAAACGAGGAGGACCAUGCAGACGUUAGUCAAGGUCUGAAGCUGGUGAAGGAGGUGAUUGCUGCCGUGGACAAUAAAGUGAAUGAGCAUGAGAAGAAGAAGAGGCUAAAGGAAGUGUACAGCCGGACGGACAACAAGUCCAUCAUGAGGAUGAAGAGCGGGCAGAUGUUUGCCAGAGAGGAUCUGUUACGUGGGCGGAAGUUAAUUCACGACGGGCCGCUGCAGCUCAAGAACUCAGCUGGCAGACUCAAGGAUGUCCAGGCUCUGCUGCUGAGGGACGUGAUUGUGUUCCUGCAGGAGAAAGAUCAGAAGUACAUUUUCGCCUCUUUGGACCAGCGCUCCACCGUCAUCUCCCUGCAGAAGCUCAUUGUGAGGGAAGUAGCCAAUGAGGAGAAAGCUCUGUUUCUGAUCACAGCAGGCAUCGAGAAGCCCGAGAUGGUAGAAGUGUACACAAGCUCCAAAGAGGAGAGAAACACAUGGAUGCAGCUCAUUCAGGAGGCCAUGCAGUCUAUACUGUCCAUUUCCUCCAGGGAGAGAGAUGAUGAUGAAGGUGUGCCAAGUGAAAACGAAGAGGACAGGAGACUUCAGGAAAUCAAGGUCAAGGAGUUCAGAGAUCAGCUGCACAAAAGAGACGAGCAGAUCUUGACGUUACUGGAGGAGAAGGUGAAGUUGUUCAGGGACAUGUGUGACUGUGGUGCACCGGACGAGACGGGGCUUCGUAAUCGAAUGCUCUUCAGGGCCACGACGGAUGAUGUCACCAGAGGAGAGCCAAUCAUGAAGGAGGCUCUGAAGGAAGUUGAAACGCUGCAGGUUCUGGUUAAUGACAGUCUUGGCGGUGCGGUUCAGGAAGGUGUGUGCGCGGCUGGACAUGUGACUUUGCCACGACGAGCGGAAACAUUUGGAGGUUUCGACAGUCACCAGAUGAACAUCUCUAAGAGCAAAGAUGGAGACAGAGAGGAGCUGGAGGAGUCUGCAGAGCUCCGCAGGACUGAGUCAGACAGUGUGUUGAAGAAGACGAGUAAGACCAACCCUUUACUGCUGGUCAGGAGAAACAAUGAGCAGGUUCUUCAGAGCGUUGCUCAUCUUCAUGACCUGCUGAACACAUUACAAGCUGUGGUGGUCCAGCAGGACACCUUCAUCGAAGACCAGCGUCACGCUCAUCCCUCCUCACGCCACCCAUCCAUCUCCUCCUCUACCUCCUCUUUAUCAUCCACCUCAUCCCGGCCGAGCUCUCUAAUCGAGCAGGAGAAACAGCGCAGCCUGGAGAAGCAGCGGCAGGAGGUGGCCAGCCUCCAAAAACAGCAGGCGGCCCACGCCGAGGAGAGGCGGCGCAGGGAAAAGCAGUGGGAGACCCGAGAGAAAGAGCUAACCCAGAGGGAGAUGCAGAUCCAGAGCCAAGAAGAGGAGGCGCAGAGGAGAGCCAGACAGCUGGAGGAGGAGAAACAGGAGCUGCAGAGUAAGAAAGAGGAGUAUCAGAGAGACCUGGCACGACUGCGGGACAGCCAGAAGAGACUGGAGAGAGAGAGAGAGCAGGUGCAGAGAGAGGCAGAUGAGCUUAAACUGACUGAGGAAGUGACAAAGAACCGGUCUCCGUCAACCACGUCUGAAGACUCCACGAAGUUCCAGAGCACCGGUUCAUUAGACCGUGACCCAUCAGAGAUGGAGCUCUCCUCCUCCCCGUCAGCCAGAGACUUCCUGUCCCGCAUGGACUCCAAACGCAAAGGGAAAAACCUCAAUCCAUUCUCAUCCAACUCAAGCCAGAAGAGCCAGAACAGCGAGGCUCAGAGCCAGAUGCCCAGCCGUCUGCUCCAGCUGGCCAAACCCAAGGAGAAGAAGGACAAGAAGAAGAAGAAGGGGAAAGGCCAGCAGAGCCAGACUGCAGACUCUCAGAGCACUGUUGUUCCAGGCGCUACCCCAGACGGAGAGAUCUUUUUCUGCUGAUUCUUCAACCUCCGCUAUCCCACAAUGCCCGAACGCUCCACUCUCUGGAUGUGGACUUGUAAAAACCAGAGCUGAAAACACAUACCUGUGGUCAUGAUGGGCAUCAGGCCUGGACAGGAGGUCAAAACUCAUCAUUUCCUUUCAUAUUUCAGCAGCCAGCAAACUGCACAGUGCCUUCAUUCCCUCACAUACACCUAUGAACACAAACACACACACAUUGACAAAAGACGUUAUUUAGGGAACAGUAUGUGUCGAUAAGACAACUGUGGGCACUUUUGGACACAUGGACAUCCUGUGGAAAUGAGAAAAGAAAAAUUCAGGGGGCGUGCUGGGAACCAAAUGGCAUUCCUAGACAGCGAAAGUCUCCUUUAAAUGCUCUUCUUGAAGGACAUUUGAUUAAUGAAGAUGCUAAUAAUCAAAGUUUGUGAUGCAGUGACUAAGGUUUCCAUUAUUAUUUUUUCAUCCGUCUUGUUACUCACUAAUAUAUACUGUCAGCAGACAAACUGAAAUGUGUGGAAGCUUGUUUAUGCCAUGGUUUAAAAAAAAAAGAGAGAAAAGCAUAAAAACAGUAAUAGUGACUCUUUUUUUUCUACAAUUUCUCAAUUUUUCUACAAUUUUUCUGGCACUUUAGAGGGAAAAGAAGGAAAAAUUGCAAGAUGUGAAAAAUAGAAAGAAGUAAACAUUGAGUUUAUAUCUCACAGUUUGUACUUUUUUUCUCGUAGUUGGUUGUUUGCGCAAUUAUAGUUGUUUAUAGUUAUUCUUUCAAUUCUGGCUAUUGAGUUUUUCUUCGAAUUGCAAAUUUGUCUUGCAACUGUUUGUACAUUUUGUCGCAAUUUAGUUUGCUUUUCUCACAAUUUCUACUUUAUUCCUUGCAAUAUUUCGCAAAUCAGACUUUUUUCUCUCAAAAUUGACAGUUUCUGACAUUAUUUCUGCGAUUCGUAGAAAAAAGUCAUAAUUGCGAAAUGUGAACGAUUACACAGUCGCAAUUCCGAAUGUAUGUUUUGCAGUUGUCAUAGCAGUUAGUUUCUCUCAUAAUUGAGACUUUAUUCCUAGCAGUUGUGAGCUCUUUAAACAUUAUUUCUUCACAUUCUAAAUUUAGUCCUCAUUUCAGAAUUUUAUUUACCAAAGUGCAAAAUUAUUGCAAAAUUGCCAGUUUAUUUCUUGCGAUUUUGCCUUUUUUUUUAAAUUUUAUUUGAUGGUAUUUCUUGCAAUUCUGAGUUUAUAUCUCACUAUUAUUCUGACUAUUAAGUUUUUCUUCAAAUUGCAAAUUUAUGUCUUGCAAUUGUUUGUACAUUUCUUUGCAAUUUAGUUUAUAUCUCACAAUUUCUACUUUAUUUAUUGCAAUAUUUCGCAAAUGAGACUUUGGAAUUUCGGAAUUUCUAUUUUCUUUUCUUAAAAUUGAGUUUUACAUCGUUUUUGUGAUUCGUAAUUGCGUAUAGUUGUGAAAUGUGAACAAUUACACAAAGUCGCAAUUCUCAGUGUAUGUUUUGACUUUUCUUUACUUUAAUGCGAAAAUAUUGGGAAAUUGCAAGUUUAUUUCUUGUGAUUUUUAAAUCUCUUUCAAGUAUUUCCUGCAAUUCUGGCUUUUUUUCUGCAGUUCGGAUAAUUUUUGAUAAGUACUUUGAGUUUAUACAAUAAAAUCCUGAUUUGAUCUUGCAAUUUGGACUUCAUUAUAAUUGUGACUUCUCGCAUUUGUGAGUUUAUAGGUUUCCUGCACUUCAGACAUUUUCUUAAAAUUCUGACAGGUUAACUUUAUAACUCGCUGUAAAUUCAGUCGGAAUUGCAAGAAUAAUUUAUAUCUCACAAAACAUUCAGAAUUGUUAGAUAAAGAGUUGCGAUAAUCUUUUUUUAUGUCUUCUUCUAUGGCAAAAACAAGUUUCCAUACGAACAAGUCUUCUGGAGCAGAGUUGGCUUAAAUACAACCCCAGGGUUUUAUUUCUUUUAAAAGGUCGCCAAAUAUACCUUUAUGAAUAAAAGGGAUGCAUUUAAAACAUUUUAUUGAGCACGGCAGAAAUGGAAAAGAGUUUAUUGCCUUAAUUGUCUUGUAAUUAAUUUAUUGGUUUUGUUAAUCACGUUUUUUUUUUCCCAUCCCUAAAUGACUGAAAAUGUACUUCACUGCGACUCUUAAAGGCUUCAAAAACCCACAGAAGUUUUCUUUUUCUUGUAAAUCUCAAUGCAAUUUUAAUCUUUAGCACUUUAUAAGCACAUGUCGAAUGGGAAAAAACAAAACAUAAAAGAAAAAAAAAACAUGGCUGGCUUUAAAAAUGAGACAAUCUUUGAUUAAAAGCCUCCUUUGUUACAUGUGAGGGUUUUUUAUUUGAUAAUCUUUUACUGUACCAUAUGAAUGUUAUGUACAUUUGUUCAACCAAACACAAAGCUAGCUUUCAGGUAAGCUACCAAAAGAGCGGGUGAUUUCAACUGCAGUAUUUUUUAUUUUUUACUCUAAAGCAAACUAAAACAGAUGAGGGAAUCAUCAGCUUUACACAAGCUAACAAAUCAAACUUGUAUUAGCCACUAUCCAGUUCAAAACAAAUCAGAAAUGUUGCAUUUGACAAGCCAAUGUGGUUAAAAAAACUAUAUAAACAUACAUUGUGUUUGUGUAUUAAAAGUCUGGUUUGUACCCUCCAAUAACUAGAUUUUAGCCAGUCAAAAAGCCCUCGCCUGCUGGCCAGGCCAACCGUUCUGCUGAACAUAAGGAAAUAUAUUUUUUUGCAAAAAAAAGGGGGAAAUUGUGCAGAUUAAAAAAAGUGUUAAUUUAAGCUUCCUGCUGUUUUUAUUUGAUUUUCUUGCCAUUAAACUUCUACCUAACACGCCUCUGUAAUGCAUUUGAGUGAUGAAUGUCUCAUUUAUUGAUCCUCCUGGGAUUUAAUUCAUACGUCCGAGCGAUUUUUAUGAUCCGUCAGCGUAUUUCCAUCUGAGGAAAAUGUAUUUGCUGACGUUGAGUGUGUUAUUCUGGUGCUAAAAUGCCUUAACCAACAGGGGGCGAUGUGGCGAUGUUCAUCUUUUAUUUCUUUUGUCCCACCUGAAGCAUAAAACUCGCCAAAAUGCAACUGUUUGUGACGGAUUUUCAGGCGAUUUGUUUAUGAUGCACUUGCCUUCGGUUUUUCUUGAAUCCUGCAGUGUUUGUCGGCUCCUAUUAUAGGCCAUAAUUAGAGAUGAUUUACUCUUUUAAGGCUACUCUGAGGUGUUUCUGCUCAUUUAAUAUACCGUUACUGAGGAAUGCAUUUGAUGAGAAUCUGUGGACGCUAUGUUUAUUUUAUUUUUACCCACGUUGAAUGGUUAAGCUUUCACAGCAUUUAAAACAAACAAACAUUACUGUCUCCCUAUUUUCAUUAUUGAACUAUUAAACAUGGCGUCUACCAUCAUUAAAGUCUGUGGAGGUACCGUCAUUUUUUGGCUUUUUUGUUUUUUUUUGGUGUAAAAAUCAACCAAUACAGGGGCAAAAUACCACACAUUGUGUAAAUAUAUGUAAAAAAAUAUAGAAUUGUAAAAGUAUUAAUUAUGGAUUUUCCUUUUGUGCUUUGAUUUAAAGCUUUUUAUAACUAGCUUUAUUAUUUAUCUGCAUUGUCCUUCUUGAAUGAACAAGACAUGGACAAAAUGUACAUUAAAAAAAAUCUUAAUAAAUAAUUAUUGUACAUCA